AAGACCUCCCGGAUCACCCCCAUUUUUGUAUGUCUGCUUGGAAUGACGAUUUCCGUCGUUCAAUGUCAAGCGUUGGCAAAUGGCAAUUACUCUUGCAAUUUUGAGAUUAAGAGCGAAUGCCAAUGGAGCCAAGAUCCCGAUGAUUUGAAUUGGCUAAGAAAACAAGGCGACAUAAAAGGCUCUCGGGGAAUCAAACAAUUUGAAGGUCCAUUUGUAGAUCAUACGAAGGGUUUAGGCGUUCUGAAAAACGAAAGUCAAGGACCAGGUGCACUGCAAUUCCGUGGAGGGAAAUGUAUUCAUAUGUAUGGAGGUGGUUCUACGGUACCAAAUGAUGGAAAAACACUUGUAAUACAGCGUGUCUGUAAUGAGGAAAUAUUGAAGUUCGAGUUACGAUCAAACGGAAUAUUGAUGCAUACUAAAUAUAAAAUGUGUGUGAAGCCCAAAGGGACGGUGAUUGAUGGAGUGAAAGUUGGUGUUUAUAGAAACUGCACACAAACUGACACAUGGAGCUGGACAAAAAGUGGAUCGCUUCAGUUCAAGAAAGGCAUGUGUCUGACAGCGAAGAACGGAGUGCACGCUGUGGAUGGCGAGAAUCUUGUGCUUAGUUCUGUUUGUGAUCAGCUACAAAAUUUCAUUAAGUUUGAACCCAUUGGGUUAGGUUGGUAUCUAUACAUGGAAAGUUCUAAGCCAUCCAAAAAAAAAGGUAGCGAAACAGCACGAUUCAUCUCCCCAAACGUUACUAAAGUCAAAUCGUGUCUUCAAUUCUACUAUCGCAUGUUCGGCCAGCCUGCUGGAAGUUUACAGGUGUACGUGUUGUCUGAAGGUAGCAUGGGAUUCCCCUUGAAGAGUUUCUAUGGUCCCCGCUGCAGGGACUGGCAUCGAGCACAGGUCGCUGUAAACAACCAAACGACUCCGUAUCAGUACGUUAUCGAGGGUGUACGUGGUGUCAAUGACGUGGGGAAUAUUGCCAUUGAUGAUAUUUCUGUGAGGGAUUCAUGCAGUGAACCAUUACAACCAGCCGACGGUAAAGCAAAUACUUCGGAUAAAAUCCCCAUUUUCAUAGCAGCGAAUACAUGCGUAAUACUUUUGUUCGUGGUAAUCAAUAUCUUUGUGCUGGUAAAGUGCAGACGACAAAAUCAAAAGCCAAAGUUAUCAACUCCGGACCCGGGCAACAUUUCACUAACGGUGGACGAAAGCUCACAAGAACCAUCGAGAGUUAUUGAGGGGCAAGUCAUAGAAAACAUCGAGUUGUAUGUUAUACCGGUCGAAAAUGAGACAAACACGCAUGAAAAUGUUUUAAAUUUUGGUUAUGAUCAGCUCGAUGAACUCGGAGAUGGAACAGAUGAUGGCAGUUACCAGGAGCCCGGAGCAGCUGUGGAGGUCGAUGUGACGUACGAGGAUAUCACGAUGUAUCAAAAUGGUCAAAACUCUUAAGUAGCACAAGCCAUGCAUGACAAAUGGGGAAGUUGAAGAAUGCAAGAUAACAUAUUCAUACGUUCCAAGAGAUCAUAGAAUAAAUUAUGUCAAUUUUUUUUACAAGGAAAUGAUUUUCCUUAAUGUCACUUCUAGUUCUAGAUUUCCAUUUUUAGAAUAAGUCGGAUGUUUCGAUUUAUGAUACCUUUCAUGACAAUCAAAUGCACAUUUCAGAACGAUUAACACACGUUAACGUAGCCGUUUUAUAGCGGAAUAUAGUGCAUGCAGCUAGUUGCACACAACUUAGAAAAUUGAA